GGAAAACUCUAAUUUGGAGCUCGGCCCUGACCAAUAACGUCAAGUCUUCUUACUAUAGCAACUCCUCUAAUUAAACUGCAUUGUGUGGAGCUCAUUAACAAUUCCUGUAACUCUGGAAACAUAUAGAAGGAGACGGCUCUACAGUGUUUGCCUACUUUUUAAUGUAUGCUUCUCGCUCGCUGGUCGUGAAACAGUGCAAUUCUCCGAGCUUGCUUACCGUGAGAUUUCGGGGCUUGAGAACUGGUCUAGCGCGAUUUAAGUCACGUUUUGAGCGCCUACAACCUACAUUACUCCUAAGAGCUCGUUAUGUUAUCAGUAUGUUUCUGCUUCCGAUCGGAUCGCCGAAUAUUCAAAAGACAUAAUGGCUGCCAAAUAUAACUCGCCCUGCUCUAGCGUGUUCCACCAACUAGGGAAAUAAUAAGAGCUCCUCCUCAAUCUUACAAUGGGAAGCGGUAUUUCAAAAAAACAAAGCGAAACACCGGCUGAAAAAAAGAAGAAAGGAAAGAAGACUUUCCAGUUGAAAUGCUUGACGGAGCACACUGGCGGAAUAAAUGCAAUGUGUUUGAGCCCCGAUGGAAACACUCUCAUCACAGUUUCUGAAGACAAAACCGGUCGACUGUGGGACACAAAGACUGAUGAGUGUGUAGGACUGCUUCAGGGACAUGUGAUGUACAUCAAAGACGUUUGUGUCUCGGAAAGGUACAUCUUCACUUGCUCCGCCGACAAGACCGUUCGUAAGUGGAACUUGGAAAGCGGAGUGUUAAUAAAGGUAUUCACGGGGCAUCAGUCGACAGUGAACCAAGUCAUCUGCUCGGGAGAUUUAGUGUUUUCGUGCUCUUACGACAAGACAAUUAAGUGCUGGCACGCCGAUACGGGUGAAUGCCUUCGAACUUUUCGCGGGCACAGACUAUCUGUGAAUACGCUUCUUCUUGUUUCGCAGUCAUAUAGAAGAGCGGAGUUUGCGGCUGUUGAUAUGGAAAACAACGAUGAUAUUCUCGUUUCGGGCUCUGUGGAUGGUACAGCAAAGAGCUGGGGAAUGAACGAAAACGAAUGUAGGACGACUUUUAAAGGACAUCAAGCCGCGGUAACUUGCUUAGCGGUAGAUGGAAAAGGAAAGACUUUAUUUACAGGUUCUGCUGACACAACGAUUCGCUCAUGGGAUCUUGCAACUGGGGCUCCUUUUAAAACUUUCACAGGCCAUCAAGGUGCGAUGAUUCAAAUCCAGGUACGUAUGUUAAAAUUACAAACUGUAACAUUCUUAAUUUCAUAAAAACUCGGUUAUUUCCCUAUGAAACGCUUGUCCUAAAUGAAAUGAAUAUCAAAAAUGAAUCGAAGAAACUUCUCCGAAAUUAUUUAGCAUCGAAUCCGCGAGAAUCGAAUUGUCAUCAUUCUGAAAGGUUCUUUGGAACUUAGACAGCCGUUUUAAGCCCAUAACACGCGAAUUGAUCCCUUAAAUAACACGGGAUGAUAUUACGUUUGCCUUCGAAGGAUAAACGUUUUGUUAUUUUGUAUUCUUAUGCACCAUUGGAGCGGUGCGCUAACCUAUGCUAUUUAUAGCGUUUAAUUUUCCUCAAUAAUUGUUUUUCUUGCCGUGUCGAUUUUCUUUCAUGCUUAUCUCCUGUCUAGUUCAAAAUCGUACCUCUAACGUUAACUUUUCGUUUGAUCUCCCCAGUAGAACAUUUGUAGCUUAUCACUACUUUGACUUGUUAAAUUGAAUUCUCCGUCAAAUUUUGGGUAAUGACUUUAUCUCCUGUCUAGUUCAAAAUCGUACCUCUAACGUUAACUUUUCGUUUGAUCUCCCCAGUAGAACAUUUGUAGCUUAUCACUACUUUGACUUGUUAAAUUGAAUUCUCCGUCAAAUUUUGGGUAAUGACGUUUCUUUUCGUCUCGACUCUAUUCGCCUACUCUCUACAGCUGUCGUUAUGCUACCUUGUUCGAAAUAUAAUUACAUCAUGAGCUUUUUUUCUUUCUGUUAGAAAAUAUGGCCUUUAGCACAGACGGCAGGUCUCAACUAGUCCCGAAUCACUUGUUUGCCGAAAUUGUUGUUGUUGUUCCAAAUUUUAAAAUAGCUUUUAGCCAUAGGUUUCAAAUUCUGUUUACUUGACUUCUAAUAGUGGCGACACUAAUAACUUUGUUUUAGUUUUGGUUUUGCGGUAUCUUUUCAUUUUGUUUUAAAGAUAUAAUAUGAUGCAUUUCUUUAUACAUUACCUAAUUAAUUUUGGCUAAAAAAGAGUGGUUGCCGCGGAAACAAGAAUAAAACCAGUCACUCAUAAUGGUAUGACGACAGUAGGUACCUGUCUCACUGCAAACUGUGGUUGUUAAAUGUUAUACAUCGGCAUACAAUUUACACCUCAAGAUAUCUUUUGCACCGAAAGAAAUAAAAAGGGAACAGAAGAUGAAAAAAGAAAAAGAAAAACGUUUCUAUUUUUGAUACUGCUCCAAUGUGUUUACAAGAUUCCUUAAUUAUCGAUCUUGCCUUGAAACCUCAGCUGUUUACAUGAGUGGCUUUCAGAACUGCAUGUUCGUUUUGAAAUUUCUAAAUCGAAACGGAAAUUUAAAGCUGAAGCCAUCUUUUAGCGACUAAAUUGAUAGAAUCGCGUAUGCAUCUCUUCGUUACAACCUGAGUUGAUUCCCCUGAAGUUAGGAAAUUCUAUUUGACGUCUUUGUAUCCAUACACUUCACUUAACAACAAUCUUCACCUACACUAAAAAGGCAAUUAUUUUUGUCAGUCUCUUCUAUAGACUCUUUUUUUAAAUGGGUACUUUUAGCUCUCAGUCAUUGGUUAUUUAGGCCAAAUUGACUCCUAGAAUGUAAUUUUUAAUCAAAGAACUCAAAACGAUGUAAAUCCACAAAUUAAUAACGAUAGCUGAUUGGAGUUUCCUUGUUAAUAAAUUGUCCCUGCGAAAGACAGUUGUCUCCACACUUCGUAAUUUACUUAUGACCAACUAAAGCUGCUCUUGUUUGAUGUAUUUCACAUUUCUGUUAUGUAAAUGAGAAGAGAGUCUUAGCUGAGUUAAAUAUUCAACAAUUUAAGGUUUUCAGUUCAAAAGCAAAAACGUAAUUUCCUCCUAUUUAAACAAUGCAAUAAGGGUUUUGAAUUCCAUGCUUCGAGGAUUUGAAGCAUGUUAAUUUAUGGUAUCAUUAACAGAAAAAUAUGUAUAAUUCUUAAUCUAGUUGAUAAAUUCCUUAUUCAAAUAAAUUGAUACCACCCAUCAGUUUGACAUUGUAUUUGGAAAACAUCAGUAGAAAAUAGAUGUUUAUCACCACAGGAAAUUAGGGAACCAUAAACACCACAGACCACAGAACUUUAAGCUGAUUCAAAUUGAAGUUUGCAAACAAUUCUUUACAACCUAACAAACUGAAAUUUGGAAUUUUACUCAGAAUAAUAGUAGAACCCCUAAAAGAAAAAAGUGGCCACUGUAGACAGGUUAAACAAGAGUGAAAGUUUUAGUUGCACUGAGAUUGAGAGAAAGCGUUCAUUGCAUAAGUUAGUCAUUGUGUUAAAACCAAGAGUUAAUGUACAGCUCUAUCUCCCACACCAGAAAGAAGAAAGUGGGCAUUGAAGAGAGGUUAAAAUAACAAUGUGUUCCUAAAUUUAUAUUUAUUUAUUUCUAAACUUCACCAAGAGGCCUGGAUCACUCAUAGAGCAAGUUCUGCUAUGAGGUUCAUGCAUACAUAUGAUCAUCACAGUGGUAAUUGCAAUUUAAGAAAUUGCAAUUUAAGCAAUGGCAAAUUAACGUGAAAAUUUCGGGACUUCAACAGGAUUGGAACCCAUAGCCUCUGCAUUAGCGCUGCAGUGCUCUACCAACUGAGCUAUGAAGACCCAUACAUUGGGAGCCGACCAAUUUGUUGAGUUCAUCUUAACCCAUGAACAUCCAUGUUGUUAAGCACCCACUUUGCGCCAGUACAAUGAAAAGGGGUAAAAAAUUUUGAUGGGCAGAAUUGAUUACAGUUCUUCUGUAAUUUGAAUUCCCCUACAACCUUCGCUAGCCAAUUGGGCAGGUUUAGAACAGAAUUUACCAGCCCAAUAGCAAAAUCCACUAGCCCUGGGCUAUUAGACACUACUUUCAUUGCACGCUGCGAUGUAUGACUGCGUUGUUUUUAACUCACCAGGUAGUCAAUAAGCUCAUGUACUCCUGCAAUGCAGAUCAUACAGCAAAGUGUUGGGUGGUUGAGUUUGGUGACUGUACACGCACGUAUAAAGGACACAAACACACAGUCAUUGUUAUGAGUUUCCAGGAUGGCAUCUGUAAGUAAAUAAAAAAGAGUUUACACAUAAGCAUAACAAUUAUCGGACUACAACUUGGUAAUGUUUUUUAUCCAGAGCAUGAUGUUUGAAGUGCUUUACAGUGUGACAACAGUGCAUGUUAGCAGAACCCUAUUCUAUGCAACAAAGAGGAGCACUAAAUCUUAAAGUUCAGACAGAUAUAAAAACAUGGAACUUUUUUAACAAGGUUGAUGAAUACAGCCAAAUCUCCUGUACACAACCAGGGCUCUACUCCACCCUUUUGUCAUUCCCCCGCCCUCCGCCCAAAAAAAUGCGAAAAGCCUUGGGAAGGUGGCCACUUAUGAGAGUCGACAAGCAGCUUCUGCCAUCAGAUCUGACACAUCUGGCCCCGCUUGUUUAAAAGGUGGAUAAAUCUCUAUCCACUGGAUAGCGCAAUUGGUUUUCCUAAUACUUAAUACCUGCUGAGCAGUGAUCUAUCUGGUAGACAGCAAUAUCCAACAUUUGCACAACCCCGGUCUGGACAUUAUUUGACACUGACUGCCGCUAUUUGCAACUCUGAAACAGUGUCCAUUGAGAUUUACCACCACAGGACACUUCAGUGAUCUAUCUGGUAGACAGCAAUAUCCAACAUUUGCACAACCCCGGUCUGGACAUUAUUUGACAGUGACUGCCGCUAUUUGCAACUCUGAAACAGUGUCCAUUGAGAUUUACCAUCACAGGACACUGCACACUUCCAGAGGUUAACCAAGGUAGAAGCAAUACACAAUGUACAUCGCCCCCCCACCACCACCACCAAAAAGAGAACAGGUUUUGUCACACAAUAAAAUCACACCCUUAAGGGAGGGGAGAUGGAUUAUUAUUAUUUGAAGGUAAAGAUCACUUACUGAUAUUAUGUAUGUAGUGAGCAUUUCAGCAUUGUUUCAAAUUUCACAUUUUCACUCAUGGUGAUGUUUAUUUAGGCCAAAAAGCAUUCUUUCCCUGAUAGAAGUAAUGUCUAGUCAAUGGUUACAAAACUAACGCAGUUCCAAUUAGACCUAAAGAAGCUCACAUUUAGAGUAUUUUAUUUUUUUGUCUAGGUAAUAGGGUACCCAAUAACCAAACUUUAUUGUCUCUCCUUUUUUAUAAUAACAAAAAUGUGCUAACGUUAAUUAUUAAUGUCAGUCCAUCCUUUUAACCAGAUUAGUUUCUGUCUUAGCAUAGUAAAAUGUGUCACAUUAUAUUCAUGAACCACCCCCACAUUAUAUUAGCAAAGAAGUUCUAAUUUGGCCAUAAUGGCUCUUGAGUAAAAAUGUCCAAAUUUGAGAUAAACAAAUACGCCAUUAGGCUCCCAGGCUUUUAAGUAGAGACCAGUACUUAUUUAAAACUUGACAAACUGCCACACAACGUCAAAUAAACAUUAACACUUACUAAUCAAAAUGAAAGACAAUGUCAUCUGCAACACAUAUUGUUCAUGAUUAUAUUCCUUAAUGGAAUCAUGUGAAAUUUGUUUGAUUUAGCUUUUAUUUUCAUGCCAACCUCAUUUACAGCUGUAUCUCUCAACUAAGAGCUACAUUAUGUACAGUCUGUACACAAUGAAAGGGGUUUUAAAAAACAUCUUUUUAAGGUAUAAGAGAUGCCUUAAGGCCAGUAAUUGGAGCAAGCCUAUGAAAUCAUUGAUAUCUGAAAUAAACUGUCAAAUAGUUCGCAAAAAAAAUUCCCAAAAGUAAAGCAUUUGCAUUCAACAGAUGCAGAAAAAAUAAAGGCCAUGGUCCAUACCCAAGAUCACAAUUUUUUUGAAAAACUGAUAACCACAGGGAUGAAACCUGGCUUGAUCCUCUCUGUUGUUGACAGUUUCAUGUACUGCAAGUUAAGUUACAUCAGAGCCAAAUUUAUCCCAACAUAAUGCCUGAUCGCUUUGAUCAUUCUUAAUCUGUUCUAUGGCCGUAAAAAUGCUUCAGGGGGAAUCAUAAAAUAUUGAAAUAAACAGUAGUCAGGGCAAGGUUUUAAAAAGCCGGUCUGUUACAAGGAGUAACCAGUUGAAUUUAUCCCUUAAAUUUUUUUCUGUGUUUGUAAAGUUUGACUAAUUUAGAAACUUUGAGUAGCAAGUUGAUUUUACUACAGUGGCCUGCUGAAAAAGCCAGCUUCUGGCUACUAAUAACAUCCCUGAGUAAUACACACAAACACAUAUUAUAAGGAUGAACAAAAUAAUAAUCCUUGCAAAUUCUACAUUCUCAUCAAUAUUUUAUCUUUUAGUGUUUACAGCAAGUGGUGAUAAAUCUAUAAAAGCCUUUGAAUCAAAAUCUGGAACAUGCAAGAGGACAUUUACAGGCCAUGAGGGUGCAAUAAAUUGUAUUCUGGUAAGUUCAGAUUAUCAUUGCCAGGAUGCAUCACGCAAAUAUUGUUGAAUGGUAAAUGCAUAAUUUUUCAAAGGUAUUUGUUUAACGAUUAGAGUGUCAAUGCCCCCAGUAGGGUUUUAUGUUUGUGAGUUUUCACCAGAGGUACUUCACUGUCCAAAAACUGACCAAACACUUGGGUUUAAUAACUGCUAAUAACACUUUAGGAACUGUCCAAAAUAGAGCUUCAGUGUUUAACUUGGGAAUUUAGGCAAGCUUAACCCUUUAAGCCCUAAGAGUGGUCAGCAAUUUCUUCUUGCAAUAUCAAUGCUUUUUAAAACAGAGUGGUCAUGAGAAUUACAGACAUGAUGACACAAGAAGAAUUUGCUUGAUAUUUUAUCAAUUUCUCCCCACUACCUCUGUAGGAAAUGAAUAGGGGCAACAAAUGAGAAUUCAAAUUUUGAUCUAAGGGUUUAAAGGGUUAAACAUGAGACAAUGCUGGCCAGUGGUCUCCAACACCAAUCGCACAUGGAGGCCAUGCCAGGGGGAGGGGGGGGUCCCAUGUCACCCGUCUGAAUUUUAAAACGUCUUGUGUCAGUGUUUAUAAAUGCUUGUCGCUUAUUGUUGGCUUUGCCGUCACUGGCGUAAUUUGGCCAAGGGAGGUUGUCGAUUUCAUUUUACCUGCUGUUGCUACUUUUUGGUCCAUGUCGCUUGUCGGAAUUACCCCUGGCAGGGUCUCUACAUAGGGCGGUCUUUGGCACUUUUACCUCUCUAGUAAUUUAAUAGCACUUUCGUUGAAGUCAAUAAUUUCACUCACAUUGCCUUUGCAUGCAACAGCUUUAGCCAUUUUUGCUGUGUUUGAAUCUCUUGUUGUGUUGUCACAGUACUUAACCCUUGUCACCUGCUAAAUAAUGCUACAGAAAUAAUUGCGGUUUAGAACCACUCAUGACCUCCUGAUUUACUAUCUUAACUCAUUUUUUAUAUAUAGCCUGUUGGAAGAAAGUUAUAUAGUGGUUCUAAUGAUGGAUCUCUAAGAAUCUGGGAUGCAUCUAAACUAAGGGAUGAAGAAGAUGACAUUUACAGCAAUGGCAAACAGAAUGGUGUUAAAAAGAAGUAGAAGAAUCCUUGAAGAAGAAACAUUUUAUAAUAACCUCUGUGCUAUAUUAUGGUAGGAUGUUAAUGUCAAACUAAGAAAACCAUCAAGACUUGAAAUAUUUUAGGAUGAAAGGCUUUGUCCACAUGAAUCCGGAUACUUAACAUUUUUACAAAAAUUUGGCCUUCUGUGCACACAAAAUCGGUGAAUCCAGACACUGAAACUGCAUUGUUUUAACCCUUUUAAGCCCCAAGAUCCACAUACAAAUUCCCCAUACUGAUCUCCAUACAUUUUUUUAAGAAUAGUUGAGAGAAUUUGGUUUAAGAACUUAGCAUUCUCCCUUCGGUAAUCAAUUUAGUAAUUCUCAUAACCUUUACUCUUGAUGAUCUGCUGAUGUUGUUAGGAGAAAAUAGAUGUUGGUCACUUUUGGGACCUAAAGGGUUAAAACUGCUUUCCAGGGUGGUUUUAGGCCCUGUUAACACAAAUCUGGAUGAAUAAUAUGCGACUACAAAAAUGUCCAUAUUCAGGUGGAUACGGCCUAAAUUUCACUGACCUAUAACAUUAAAGAUCAAGGUCCAUAGACAGUUACUACCAGACCGGAAAUUAAUUUAUAUGUAUUACAGUUUACCUACUUCCCAUCUGAUUGGCUUUUUUCUUGCAACACAAAUUAUUUAUAAUUAGCUUUUAUAACAACAAAGGGUAGCCAGAAGCUAAUUUCUCCUAUUUAAUCAAGGGUACCUGUACAGGUAAUGAGAUUAAAAAUGAUCUGCGAGUGACAGAGGUAUUCAUCGUUAAUCAAAUUCUCUUUAUCAGUACCAGCCACUACCAGGGGAAAUGUAUGAAAACAGCGUGAAAAACAUGCUUGCAGAUAGCAUGGCAUUGUAAGGAUUAAUUGCCUAGUUUCAAAUCAGUUUAACUCAUAAUAAAUGGACUUGACCCAGCCCCCCUCGGUUUAAAAUUAAGCAGUGAGAUAUAAAGUAGGAGGGUAUAAGUGUUUAAAUAGAGCCACUGUACUUAAGAGUUUUGUAAAUAUUUUUAUACACAGAUUAUAGUGUUUCAUCAUGCUAUUAUUCAGCAUAUUGUUGUUACUAAAAUACUAGGUAAGAUGAAAGACAGAUGGCAUAUGGCUUUGUAACCAAUAAUUAUUUCAAAGAAAAGAAGGGAAGCUGUUUAAGAGCAAUAUUUAUUAUUACUAUGUGUAUACUGCAGCUGUAUCCUUUAUGUUUGUCUUACAAUAAUUUGUUUUCUUCAUUUGUAUAAAUGGAGGGAGCAGGUGGGACAUUUGACUUUUCAAAAACCUUACCGUUUGGGCUGAAGGGCUCUUUUUAGUCUGUAUUUACCUAGAAUAGAUUUCCAGGGGUCAAUCAAUUGACCUCAUUAACCCCAGCAAAGAGAUUAGUAUGGGUAAGAACAAUACACUCCUGGUCAAAGGCUCCAAACAAACCUCUUUGACUAGCCCCUACAUAAAAGUACCUUAACUUAACCUUUUGUAAUUAAUAUCUAUGCUUUUUUGGUCCAUAUAUUAUUAUUUUACUUACAAGUACAAGUGUGCCAAUUUGUAAAAUCAAACAUGAUAGAUGUUCAGAAUGUUUUUGUUUGGUUCUUGUACAUAGUAGGGUGGUGUACUAAAAACAAUAUAAUUGCUCUAUGUUAAAGGUUUAAUACACAAGGAAAUAUAAAUAGUAAUAUAAUAUUAUUAGGCCUGCGUUCCAUCUUGGAAGUAGAGAAGUGAGAUCGGAAGGUUUGUGGUGUUAAUUAUGCAGUUUGAGAAACAAGUUGCAACUUUUUUAUGGUAUAAUUAUUUAUACAUUUUAUUACAAUAAUGGCAUAGGUCUAGAGCUAGGGUCUAUGGGAGUGUAGACACUGGCAACAAUAUCCCGGGACUAGUGUUGUUUUGCCAUUGGGCUAGUGAGUUUUAUUCUUAAAUUGCCCAACAGGCAAGUGAAAUUCUUUGAGGAAUUCAAAUUGCAGAAGAACUGUGUAAUCAAUCCUGCUCGUCAAAACGGUUUUGGGGCUACACGAGAUGACUUUUGGGAUAUUAACUGCUGGCUACAGCUUGCCCAAAGGCUACACUGUAAAACUGACUUUCUUUGCACCCUGAAAUACACAGUAGUUAUACUCCAAGAAACAUUUCCAGAGAGCAGGAGUUCAAAAACUUUCAAUGUUAUUGUAAAAAUGGGUACAAAACAACAUAAAGGCUUUACAUGAUGUAAGUUCCACCAUUUGUUAAAUUGAGAUCAUGCCAUGGGUGUGCCUAGAAUGCACAAGCAUUUGUGCAACCUCAACAUUGUGCUUAUACAGACUUGUUUUACCCUUAGAACUUUACUUCAAAAUAAUCAGAAUUCUGACAAAAAAUAGUUUACUUUAGUCAAGUUUAGUUUAGUUGACCAUCUUGUCACAAGCAAAAAAAAGUAGACAUUAAAAAUGAAACAUAGAUGUUUCCUCAAUUGUUUACUCAAAAUGUUUUAUUGGUUUAGAGUUAAUAUAAUAAGAAACAGAAACUUUAUAGUAAUAAUUAGGAAUUAGGAACCAUUCUUGAAUGAAGUAAUAUUAACCUGUGGAAGAUCAAAGUAAUUUGAACAUUCAUAGGGGUCUUAUCAUAAGGUAAUGUACAAUAGUUAGUUUACUUUACAAGUACGUGUAAUUCUCUCAACUCGAAUGCUAAGAAAUGGUUGUU